AUGGCUUCAAUGAAAGGCCGAUAUUUAAAGACUAUUUCAAUCAUUUUAAAAUGGGCACAGAUUAAAGAUGGAUUCAUUUCUAAACUCUUGCCUUUUACAAAAGAAAACAACUGGAUAACAAAUAAUGAAAGCAAAAGGCUUGUGCACCAAUGGCGUGCACAAGAACAGGCUAUUUUAAUUGGGACAAAUACAGCUUUGGUUGAUGAUCCGCAACUUACAGUGCGAUUAACCAAAGGGAAUAAUCCUCUAAGAAUUUUGAUUGAUAAAGAUUUAAAAGUUUCAAAAUCAAGUAAUAUAUUUUCUGCGGAUGCUGAAACAAGUGUUUUUACAUCUAGUAAAUCUGUUACUUCGAGCAAUGCUGAUAGUUAUCGGGAUGAGAAGCAUAUAAGUCACUUUCGAAUUGAUUUUUCAAGAGAUAUCGUUCAACAAAUUUUGGAUAUCCUUUAUCAGAAGAAAAUACUUUCCAUUAUUAUUGAAGGAGGAGCUCAAACCUUGCAAAGCUUUAUUGGACAAGGCUUUUGGGAUGAAGCAAGAGUUUUUACAGGUAAUACAUUUUUUGAAAAAGGCAUAAAAGCUCCUGUUAUCAACGGCAAGUUAAUAUCAUCUGAAAAGAUUGUAGACGAUGAAUUAAAAAUUUACAAGAAUGAAACGACUAACAGCCGUUUUGUCUCAUAA